CUACUUGACUCUCUCUCUCUCUCUCUCAUUCUCUCAUUUUCUCUCUCAUUCUCUUUCACACACAAAUGCCCUAUUUAACAACAUCCCCAGCCCAAUGCCUUUCCCAUGCACUUGUCCUCUUCAACUUCCAACACCCACUAGACUGGCACAUUCUCUCAACUCUCUCAAUAAGCUUUCUCUCAUGCUCAUGGCCUCUACCACUACCUUUAUCUCUCUCUCUUCCUAGUUCAUUCAUUCUCCUCUCUCAAAAACAUAAACAUCAGCACUUCUCUCUUUUGAAUAUUCCUCAAUUUUAUAGCUACCUAGCUACCUAGCUAAGCUAUACUUGGUUUUCUUUAAUUUCUCUGACAAAUAUUCCAACUUCUUUUCUAUAUAGGCUCUAGUAGCUUAGUAGUUAUCUUUCAGUUACCUUGAACAAAUCAACAGCAAAAUAUAUUUCUGACACACUCAUCAGAGACCAUUUUAAAUUUAAUUAACAACAAACAAUGUCUAGCAGAAGAUCUCGUUCGAGACAAUCGGGUGUUUCCACUGAGAUCACUGAUGCUCAGAUCACUGAUCUCAUCUCAAAGUUACAACAACUGAUCCCUGAGCUACGCGCAAGACGUUCUGACAAGGUUUCAGCUUCCAAGGUGUUGCAAGAGACUUGCAACUACAUCAAAAGCUUGCACAGAGAGGUUGAUGAUCUAAGUGACCGGUUGUCACAACUUUUGGCCACCACCGACUCCAACAGUGCCCAAGCAGCCAUUAUUAGGAGCUUACUUAUGUAAUAUAUAAUAAUAUUAUAAUAAUUACUAUUAAUUAUAGAGCUUUAAUUUUAUGUGUCGUUUGCAUGUCCAUGUUAAUUUUUUUUAUUGUCAUGAUAUCCUCUAUUCUGGGUAGGGUUUGGUUUUUAAGACCAAAGCAAAAAGGCCACCGUGGGCUCCAUGUUCUCCCUUACUUAGUUUUAUCAGACACUUUAUAUUAUUGACUAUCAUCAAAUUGUAUUACUAAAAUAAAAUGAGCUUGCAUCUUGAUGAUCGAGUCUUUAGUUUGAAUGUAAAGUCAUAUAUAUUAAUGUGUAUAAAUAUAUAUACAUGAAUCUGUACCCGAGUAGAACAUAUAUGACAUAUAUUUAUAUUUUCAAA